AUGACGACAACAAUCUUCAACAAUUACCAUCAGCCUUUCUCUCAUGCUCUUUCCAUUCCAACUUCCUCCAUCAAAGUUUGGGGCAGUAACGCAAACGGAGCUCUUCUUGGAGCCUCUUCAGCUCCAAUUUCACAUUUUUCUGACUUGACUCGAGUGAUAAAUAUUGAAAAUAUUUUAUGGAAUGCAACACUUUCAUGGACAGCAGCUGGUUUCAAUCCAAAUGAAUAUUCUGACGAAGUCGUUCAACUUCAAUCCAUAUUUGGAACUGAAUCGAGUGGGAAUUUAAAUAUUCAUGUGAACUAUGUUUCGAAUUCGAGUGGAAUCAUUACUCGGUCACGUGUUUUCACAUGUGGUUACUUUUCGAACGCAUUUUCUCUUCCUCCUCCAAUGUUGUCAAUACCAACACCAUUGUCAAACCUCUACUCUCUCAACGAUACAAUCACCAAUGAAUUUCUUUCAAAAACAUUACAACACAUGUAUUGCGAACGUUCAUGUCUUGCUGUCACUACGGACCAAUUGGUUUAUGUGAAAUUUUACAAUUUCGAUCGUUGGCAAUUAGUGACAGGUCUUCCAAGUAACACUUCAUUCAGACAAGUUCAUAUUGCUUUUCAAAUUCCUUUUGUUUAUCCCACUAUGACUCAGGAAACAUUUUUUAUAUUAACUCAAACGACAGGAGAAAUUUACAGUUUUGGUUAUUGGAAUUCUGGAAUUCGAGGAACAGGAAAUUCCGAUUUGUUGUACCAUUCUGUCGCCAAAAUAGAUUCCAUCUCAAAUAUUACAUUCAUCACCAGUGCUUCACUGACCAUGUUGGCUCUCAAUUCCACUGGUUUUAUUUAUGGUUGGGGAAGUAAUGCCAAUGCCUUAUUACUCGACAAUAAUCUGGGAAUUCAAACAUCAAUUCCUGUGUGUCUUCCAUUCAAUUACACGAACAAUGUCUUCUCACAGAUUGCAUGCGGAGAGAAACAUUGCUUGGCUUUAGCUCAAACAUCACCACUCGGUGAUACAAAGGUGUUUGGAUUUGGAGACAAUGGUGAACAUCAAAUUGAUUCUUCCUCCGAGAAAAUCAAAUAUUCUCCCACAGAUAUUACUAAGGAAAUCUUUGGUGGAAGUUGUCAGGUGAUGCAAAUUUAUGCCACUUUUCGAACAUCGGGUGCAUUUUGUCUCUUGGGUGGAGGAAUCGUGUCCAUAUGGGGAAGAGAUCUUUCCACGUCACAAGGAUGGAAUCCAAAUCCUACCGGUCCACAUUUACUCAAUUUUCCAUAUCAAGAGGGUCCAGCAAUUCUUUCUAAGGCAUAUUUUGUAGGAGAAACAGUUGUGGCAUUCGGAAGUAUGAAUCAGGUGUAUGUAUUGGGUGACAAUACCUUCGGACAGACAUGUGUGGGUGAUUUAAAGUUUUCUCAAUUUCCGUUAGAAGUGCCAUUGCCAUCGGAAUCACAGAUUGUCUCGCAUCAGUCAAAUGUUCAACAAUUGUUUACCAUUUCAGGAGCCUCUUUGGCAUUUUCAAAGUCACCCAUGUCUGAUGACAAAUUUGAAAUCUUGGCAUGGGGAAAAGGUUCGCAUAUCAAUCUAAUGCCCUAUUCGAAUGCCAUCAAUCCUACUGUUAUAUUGAAUCAUAAUUAUCCAUACCUAUUUACUGAAAAUAUGACCUCUUUGAAUAUCUAUUACGACUGUGCUGUCAUGUUGACAUCCGACGGAUCAUAUUAUGCAUGGGGAGACACUCUCAAUAACCGUCUUGGUAUUGGACAUGUUGAACGAUAUUUGGACACUCCAACAAAAGUUACCUAUCUCCAAAACUUGACAAGUGUUGCCACUGGAAAUAGUCACACCUUGGUCAUUGAUUCAGAUGGAGUUGUUUAUGGAGUAGGUUCCAACUCGUUUGGUCAAUUUUGUUUGGGAGCCUAUGAUACUGGAAUUGAAGAUCAUUUUAGAAAAACUGGAAUCAAUGACUAUUUGGGAGUGAAAAUUGUUCAAGUGGCUGUUGGAACAGAAACGAGUUAUUUUUUGACAUCCACUGGGCGUGUUUACGCUUGUGGUUCCAAUUCCAAUUCCAUCCUUUCUUCCUCGCUUUCAGAUUCUGCAUUUUACACACCAAUUCCGAUAGGAGAGAACUCGGAACUUGCAGGAAAGAAGGUGAAAAAAAUGAUUCUGCCCAUUCAUUCGACUUUCUUAUUCAUGAUCACACAGGAUGGAGUAUUGUUUCGACACAUGGGAAGUACGGACAUGAUGACAAUACCCAACCAAAGCACAUCAAAAGAAUAUGUCAUUGAUGUGGCAGCUUUUCGAGAGGGAGUGUUGGACCAUUUUUAUUUUGUAACUUCUUUGGGAAAUAUUUACACCAUGGGAUCAGACAGUACCUUUUUCCAAAUUUCACAACAACCAACGGUGAAAUCUUUGGCCAUACCAACUCUGUAUGCCACUAAGGAAUCAUUGGGAGGAGUUCCUUAUUUGAUUACUGCGAAUAGUUAUGUCCAAGUGGUGGCUCUUUCUUCAGGUUGGAAAUGUUUUGGUAUCAAUUCGACAGAUCCCAACGUUUGUUCUGGCUCUGGUAUUUGUGUCGAUGUGGAUACUUGUGAAUGUAAGAGCCAUGUUCUAAACAAGGACUGUUCCUUAUUUUCCUGUUUUGGAAUUUUGAAAAACGAGACAUCUUUGGUGUGUUCUGGACGAGGUCAAUGCGUAUCUUGGAAUCAAUGUCAAUGCAGUGAUGGAUAUUAUGGAACUAAUUGUGAGCAAUAUUCAUGUUUGGAUCACAAGACCAAUUCUGUGUGUAGUGGAAAUGGUGAAUGUGUGGGACCUCAUGUUUGUUCUUGUUACAGUGGUUGGUAUGGAGACAAGUGUGAAAAAAAGUCGUGUUUUUCGGAGGGUGAAAGUUAUGGAGCCUCUGAAAAGAAACGAUUGACCAUGAAGGGAAAACUUUGUUCGAAAAUUAAUACCUAUUUAUAA